AUGAUCCCUGCACUGCUAUUGCUGGGUCUUUCAGCCCUUGUUGCUCCAGCCGUGAGUUACAGUUGCUAUGGUGAUAUAAGUGCUCUUCAAGCCCCCAGGAUCUCCUGCACACCUGUAAGAUCCUCUGACUGUGGAUAUGCCUUGGUCCGGAGAACUGCUGAGGCUGACCUGGUACGCCUGAGGAGAUAUGAGAUCCCCAUCAAGAGAGUAGCCAGAAACCUGUGCUUGGACCCAGCACUCAUUGGUGCCCUCAUCUCCCAGGAGAGCCGUGUUGGGCUCCUGCUGGACAACGGUUGGGACCAGGGACGGCACAAGUAUGGCUUGAUGCAGAUCAGCAGGCAGCAAUUGCAGCCUUAUGGACUGUGGGAUAGUGAAGAACACAUAAAUCAGUGCUCAAGUAUCCUGGUGCUUUCAAUUAAUGAAGUAAGGGCAAGACAUCCUACCUGGACCUGGGACCGGCAGCUGAGAGGGGGAAUCUGCACCUACCAUGCAAAAAUGGGCAACGUCCGUGUCUACGAGGAAGAUCCAUGCAGCACAUACAGCAACUACGUCAACAGCGUCAUCGGGCGAGCCCAGUACUUCAAGAGACAUGGGUUCUAG